AUGCCUGAGACUCCAGCGGUUCUCCAAGUUCCGCCUGCCACCAUCGUCCUCCUCUUCUUGUUCUGUGCUGCUGGUCUGGGUCCUGGAUGCUGCACCCUAUGGGUGGACUGGGGCCCACCUUCAGUGACCGUGAGCUUGGGGGAUGAUGCCCGCUUGCUGUGCCCACACAAUGGCAGCAGCAAUGCUAAUGUCACCUGGUGGCUCAUCCUCCCAGGCAACCACACAUGGCCAUCUAUGUUUGUGGGCUUGGGCCUGGGUCCUGAGGGCGAACUGACAAUCCCACAGGUAAACAGGAGCCACGGAGGCAUAUACCAGUGUAAGGUGGAGGAUGGCAAAAGCAUCCGGAGCUCUUGUGGUACCUACCUCCGUGUUCGAGAGCUACUGCCCAGACCCUUCCUGGACAUGGGGGAGGGCACCAAGAACCGCAUCAUCACAGCCGAGGGGAUCAUCCUAUUGUUCUGUGCAGUGGUGCCUGGGACGAUGCUGCUGUUCAGGAAACGAUGGCAGAAUGAGAAGUUUCGGGUGGGUGCUCAUGAUGACUAUGAAGAUGAAAAUCUGUAUGAGGGCCUAAACAUUGAAGACUGCUCCAUGUAUGAGGACAUUUCGCGGGGUCUCCAGGGCACCUACCAGGAUGUGGGCAGCCUCCACAUCGGAGACGUCCAGCUGGAGAAGCCGUGA